AGCGCAGGAGCGCGAGCGGCCGUGCGGUAGCAGCAGAGGUGGGGUCGUGAUCCCCCCGGCCCGGGACGAGGAUGGUGGUGCCCGGCAAGAUGGCGCCGGGGCGCGCCAAGUGCUCCUCCUAACCGACGCGGGGCGGCGGAGGUGAGCUUCCCGGGAGCGAGAUGAGCGAGUGGCGGAAGGUGUUCCGGCAGAGCCUCGCCGUUCCUCCGCACUGCCAGCGCAGGCGGGCUCGCUGGGCUGGCUCCACUGCCUUCUGCUGCGUGCUGAAGUACCUGGAAGGAGCUGUCCUCGCUCAGGGAGCAGAGUACCAGCUGCGCCUCUCCCUUUUUGAUGCCACUUACCACCACUUCUUUGGGAGGACGUGGAGGAGCAGCUGGCGAGCUGCCCGUGCCACCACACCGCGCCCAGCCAGGGCAGCUUUCAAUGAGACUGUCUACUUCCAUACCUCCUUGAACCACCCUGGCAUCACUGUUGUUGUGGAACUGGUGACAGUGGCUGGAAAAGGGGAUGAGGGCUCUCAGCAUCUCUCCUGUGGCUUUGGACUCAUCCCCCUCUUCAGCAGCAGGUCGGAGAUGACAGACUUGGCCACUGAGGACAGAGCGCUGAAGCUGUACCAUGGGACCCCACGUGCCUUGCUGCACCCACGUUUCCAGGACCCCAUGGAGAAGAACAAAUACUUGAUGGUGAUGGAGAAAAGCCACCUGCAGUAUGCCCUGAAGACCCAUCAGCCCCUGGAGAUGGUGUUCCACCUCCUUCCUGAAAAUCUGCUGGUGUCUGGCCUGCAGACCCUGCCUGGCUUGCAGCCAGCACGUGGGGACACAGGUGACUGCUUGCAGAAACCACGGCUGCUGAAGCCAGUCUCCUGCUAUCUGGAGGGGCUGUCUGUGCAGCUGACCCCCUCUCUGGAGGAGUUUGAGGAGGAGCUGCUGGAGCUGCUGAACAGUGACCGCUUACUGCAGGCCAACGCCGCGCCGGACGGUGCCGGGUUGGUGGUGCGGGAGCGGCGGCUGCAUGUUGGUGUCCACAACGGCCUGCGCUUCCUGCAGCCGCCACAGGUCGCCCUGCUGGUGCCCCAGGCAGAGGCGGCACAGGGCACCUGCCCGGGGGUGCCCAGCUCUGGAGCCAGGGGUGUGGGCCAAGCCCUGGUCCUGAGGAGCCGCAUCCACCUGAGUGAGAUGGUUCCACACCCGGCUGUCAAGGUCUGCUUCCAGCUGGAGUACCUCUGCUGCAGCUCAGGAGCAGCUGGUGGGAAGGCCCUGCCUGGCAGUGCCCGUGGUGAGGUGCGUGACCUGUGCUCGGUGUGCUGGGCUGUCUGGAGCCCAGUGUUGGGCACCAGCCGGGCUGAAGUGGUCCUGCCCCUGCAUGGUGGUGCCCACCGUGGACCCUGCCAAACCUUGGUCUACCGGAACCCAGUGAGCAGCAGAAGCUCCCGACAGCUCCAGGAGCAGCAGGUGGAGUCUGGGACUGUCCAAUUCUGCUUUGCCACCGACUCGGAGGAACAUCCUGUGACUGCCGCCGAGCUGCUGCGCAGCGCCGGGGACGAGCCGGCGCCCACGCCGGCGCUGAGCCUGGCAGCUCCUCUAGAAACGAUGACCUCCCCACGGGGACCAGGGCUGUCAGUGUCUGAGCUCUCAGCCUCACCACGGGGCAAGGAUGGAUUCCUGGUGCCAGGCAGCUCACAGCAUGAUGCAGGGAUCACUCACCUGGAGGCCAGCCUUGGCUCACCGGACCCAGAGCCCAGUGCCAGCGACCACCUGCGGGCGCUGCCAUUUGCCCCUCUGCAUGUGCCCAUUGCUGCUGUGGGGCUGCAGGCAGGCAGGUCCCACACGCUGCCGUCCCGUGCCGCCCUGGCACGCCUGCACGCCGCUGGCUUCCCGCAGAUCCUGGACCGCCAUCGGCUGCCGGUGGAGAUCUCAGAGCCGCCUGAGCCAGCGAGCAUCAGCCUGCGGCUGGAGGAGUCUGACCCUCUGCAAGGCGACGAAAUCAUCCUGCAGUUCCUGGCCUUUGGCAGGGACACCCGGGAUGGCACAGAGGAGCCGUGGCCAGGCACCAUAUUCCUCACCUUCCAGUUCUACCGUUUCCCACCGGUCACCACGGCUCGGCUGCAGCUGGUCAGCGCCGAGCCGGGGGCGGCGCAGCUGCUGGUGCGGCUGAACAAGGACGGGACCCUCAGCACCGGGCCGCCAGGGCUGCAGCUGCGCUAUGUGGUGGAUCCGGCGUCCCUGCGGCCCGGCGAGCGGCGCUGGUUUGUGCGGUACCUGGCUGAGCACAGCCUCCAGAUCGACGUCUGGGACGGAGACUCCCUCCUCCUGGUUGGGUCUGCUGCUGUUAGACUGCAGCCCCUGCUGCGCCAGGGCCGGGAAGCUGUCAGGACCCACCAUGAGUUGGAGGUGACCACAACUGAGUACGAGCCAGAUGUGGCGGUGCUGGGCCAAGAGGCUCUGCGGCAUGGAGCCCUGCGGCCCCUUGGUGUCCGUGUGCUGGUCAGGGGCCACCUCCACCUCUGCUUAGCCAAUGUUGGCCACCCAUGUGAGGAGACCCCAGGGCAGCUGCCAUCCCCAUUGCCAUCCCACUCCCACCACGUGCCUGGAUCGGGCAGUGCCACCAACAUCUCAGCUGGCAGCUGGUUACCCCUGAACGUUGCCGGUGGUGGACAAGUGUCACGGGCACGGAGGCUGGUGGAGGUGGACAGUGAGCUGGCAGCUGCCCUGCACAGCCGCCAGGCAGAGGCACAGCUGCCACCCCCAGCUGCUCCUGGCGAGGCUAUGGCUGCUCGCCAGCGCAAGCUGCGGCGCAUGGCGCUGGUGCGGCAGCAGGAGGAUGCCAGCAGUGGGAGGAUGCCCCAGCUCUCGGAGCAGCGUGCCCGACACUUGAAGGACCUGCAGAUCAUUGAUGCCUACCGGGACCACACCAAGGGUGAGAACAUUGCCCGGGUGCUGAGCCAGGCCAUCACUGCCACCCACACCGUGCAUGCAGUGCUGGGCACGGCAGAGUUCUUUGAGUUUGCCCUGAAGAACCCCUGUGGUGUCCAGCACACUGUGACCAUUGAAGUCGACCAGCCUGAGCUCAGCGUCAUACUGGACCCGAGGGAGUGGCGCCACUUCAAGGAGCUGACCAGGAGUGCCACACCGGUGGAGGAGGAGAUGUUCCACCUGCGCCAAGACCUCAAGCCUCAGGUCUACCUGCGCCCCAACGAGACCCUGCGCAUCCCCUUCAAGUACCAGACCUUCUCUGCAGACCCUGCGCUUGCUGCCGCACAGGGGCCAGCUGGGAUGGAUGCUGAUGCUAACGUUGCCACCCUGGGGAAGAGCGAGGGCAGGCAGACAAAGCACAUCCAGGUCUGCUUCCAGGGCAGUGGGGGGAGGCCUCUAGCCCUGCUGCGUGUGAAGGUGGAGCCGCAGCCCCACGUGGUGGACCAGACCUUCCGUUUCUACCACCCUGAGCUCACCUUCCUGAAGAAGACCAUUCGGCUGCCACCCUGGCACACCCUCCCUGGGGCGCCAGUGGGGAUGCCAGGAGGGCAGCCUCAGAUGUUUGUUCGCUGCAGUGACCCCAACAUCAUUUGUGAAACUAAGAACAUGGGGCCGGGGGAGCCGCAGGACAUCUUCUUAAAAGUGGCUGGAGGGCCAAGCCCACAGAUCAAGAAGUUCUUUGUUGCUAUUUAUAUGGACGCCUGGCUGGCAGUGCCCACGCAGAUCUGGCAGUUCUACCUGCACUCCCUGCAGCGCCUGGACCUGAGUGGCACAGCUGGGCAGCUUGCCCGCCUCUCGCUGCUGCUGCGUGGCACCGCUGCCCCACGCAGGGUGCAGGCAUUCACCUCCCACCCACAGGAGCUGCAGGUGGACCCCGGCGGUGCCUUUCUCCUCCCUGCCAACGCCGUGCAGGAGCUGCACCUGGGUGUGCGGCCCCGGCGUGCUGGCAGCAGGUUCCUCUACCUCAACCUGGUGGAUGUGGAGUCUCACCAGCUGGUGUCCUCCUGGCUGCUCUGCCUCUCCUGCAGGCAGCCUCUCAUCUCCAAGGUGUUUGAGAUCUCUCUGCCCGUGGGUGGCAGCUGCACCAAGCGCAUCACCUACACCAACCCCUACCCCUCGCCCCGGCUCUACUUCCUGGGCACCAACCGGCCUGACCUCCUCCAGUUCAAGGAGGACUCCUUCCAGGUGGCCGCAGGGGAGGUGUACAGCAUCGGCCUGCGCUUCGCCCCUAGCCAGGAGGUGGGCGAGGAGGAGAUCCUGAUCCACAUCAAUGACCAUGAGGACAAGAACGAGGAGAGCUUCUGUGUCAGGGUCCUCUACCAGUGAGCCUCCUGCCCAUCCUGGCACUGUGGCUGGGCUCCCUGUGGCUGCUGUGGCUCUGCUGGCAGUGCCACCUUGGAGAUGCUAACAUCUCUCCCAUGGAGAGUUGGGAGCCUGCUCCCCUUGUAGUCACCAAGGCAAGAGCUCUUGCUGCCUGCCGGGAUGCACAGCAGUGCCCUGAGCUCUGGCAGUGGCACAUGGCUGCAGCCACACAAAGCGAGCAGGGCAGGUGUUGGUGCCAUGGCCCGGGGGUGCCUGAGGUUCUGUAAAGCUUUUGCUGUGUUUUAGGCACUUUGGGAUCUUUUUUUAACUUAAACUUUGCAGACUCUUCAGACUUUUUUUAAAGCAUUUUGUACUGCACUGUUGGUUUUGCACCCACCGAGGGGCAGUUGGAUACUUUUUACUCCUCUUUGAUGAAUUAAAGUUGCUGCACAGA